AGCUGGUACGUAGUGAAAAGUUAGGUUAGGUUGUGCCUCGUUUACACUAUCUGGUACGUCUUGACACGCGCGUUUAAUCUGCAGAAGAAAUUCUUUACGAUUUCGACUUUUCCCUGAAGGAUUAUCAGUGUUUUACAUUGCAACUACUUCUCGAGAGACAUUAUCGUUAGUUUUUCAUAUUCGAACUCUUAAUCAUUAUAAACAUGGACUCGAAGAGGAUAACUCUGUCGAAGAGUAUAUUGGAAAUGAAGUUCAUGAAACGGACAAAAGACAAAGUGGAGAAAGAACAAUUUCAGGAAGAAGGAGAGGAGUACUUUGGUAACCAGCUUACGUCACGCAUGAAGAAAGCAUCUGGAAAGUUUCUUAUGGAACCGAGCUACGUCUUCUGCGAGAAGCUUGUUGAUGGUAGAAUAAGUUUUCAAGGGAUGAAUCCGGCUAUAGAGAAGUUAAUGGAAGCGAGGAAGAAUGCCAAGCAAGCCAAAGUAGAGGUGAAGCAGGAUGCUGACAUAUCUGAUGAACAGAUGGCUGUUCAAUGGAAGAAAAUGCGAGCGAAAUUUGAUACUGUGAAUAGGCGUAGAAAGCCGCAGCAUAGGACGACAAAUAACGAAGACGAACCAUUCGACAAGAAACCGAAAUUCUUGAAACCAGCAGACUGGAAUCUACAUUGUAAAUAAUCAUAUCAUAAUUAUACAUUUUACUCUAGACAUAUUAAACAAAUGUGUUGUAUAGUUUGUUUAUUCAACGCUGAUAUGCAUUUAGCACUUGAUAAACGUUACUUUAACCAUUGAAUAAAAGUUAUAUAUUUAUA